AUGUAUUCGAAAGAUGCUGAAACGGCGUCUCACGACCAGCCCGACGAGCACCCUCCACCCCCAUACGAGGCAAUUCCGCAAAAUUUGAGUGAAGCUCAAGGUAUCUCUGUCAACGAUGACGGCCGUGUUGUCGUGGAUGCUAGUUCUCGGCUCUGCAGAUCUCUUUCUAAACUACUCCCUAAUGCUGUCCGUCAGAGUGUAUCUCCACCAAGCUAUUCGGAAGGGGUACCGACAUUCAAGUUGCCUCUGAAUAUUGUGAUUCAAAUCGUGGGGAGUAGAGGAGACGUCCAACCAUUUGUUGCACUUGGCGCGGAGCUACAAAAUAUGGGUCACCGCGUGCGUAUUGCAACACAUAAUGUCUUUGAGCAGUUCAUUCUCGAAGCAGGCUUGGAGUUUUACCCUAUCGGCGGUGAUCCGGCCGAUCUGAUGUCAUAUAUGGUCAAGAAUCCCGGGUUGAUCCCCAGCUUAGACAGUGUUCGCGAGGGAGAUAUUCAAAAGAAACAACUAAUGAUGGCGGAAAUUCUCCAUGGUUGCUGGCAAUCAUGCCUGAUGCCCGACCCUAUCACAAAUGCCCCCUUCGUGGCCAAUGCGAUCAUUGCCAAUCCUCCGAGCUUUGCGCACGUCCACUGUGCCCAAGCCCUAGGAAUUCCACUUCACUUGAUGUUUACAAUGCCGUGGAGCCCAACGACGGCUUUCCCGCACCCGUUAGCUAAUUUGAAAAAUAUUCCCGCUAACCAAGCAUGGCUCAAUCGCGUUUCAUAUGGUGUGGUGGACUGGCUAUCAUGGCAGGGCCUAGGCGGCGUGAUCAACGAUUGGCGGAAACACGAGCUCGAGCUCGAGCCUAUCUCUCUUUCAGAUGGCCCUUUCAUUUUAACCAAACUAAAUGUUCCCUAUACAUAUUGCUGGUCCCCAGGCCUAGUUCCCAAACCCAAUGACUGGCCUCAUAAUUUUGACGUGUGCGGGUUCUUCUUCCGGGAUCCACCAAAUUAUCAACCCCCUGCCGAGAUUGCGGAAUUUCUCAACGCCGGACCUCCUCCAGUCUAUUUCGGAUUCGGUAGCAUUGUGCUCGAAGACCCGGUAGAGAUAACGAAAACGAUUCUUCAGACGGUUCAGGAAACCGGGGUUCGGGCAAUCAUCUCACGCGGUUGGAGCAAGCUAGGAGGCGUGGACUCGGGAGAAUUGAACAGGAGUGAUGUUCUAUUCAUAGGCGAUUGCCCGCACGAAUGGCUAUUUGAACGUGUCAGUGCAGUUGUUCAUCAUGGAGGUGCCGGUACAACGGCAUGCGGGCUACGCAAUGGAAAGCCUACUAUCAUUGUGCCCUUCUUCGGAGACCAACCAUUUUGGGGAGAUAUGGUUGCCACGGCCGGUGCAGGACCAGACCCUAUUCCAUACAAACAACUGAACGUCAACGCAUUAGCGCACGCAGUACGGUUUUGUUUGACACCGGAGGCAGUGCGCUCCGCACGGCGUAUUGCCACCGAAAUGGAGAAGGAAAAAGGAGUGAAAACAGCCGUGGAAUCGUUCCAUCGGAAUUUACCCAAAGGUCUAGUUGAAUGUGAUCUACUACAGGAAUUCCCAGCCGUCUGGAGAUAUCGUCGCGGCAAGAAAAGAUUUCGCCUGUCGAAAGUUGCUGCAGAGAUCCUUGUUGAGAGGAAUUUGUUGGAUGUCAAAAGGCUGAAACCGUACCAACCAAACCCCAUUAUCAUCGAGAACACACGAUGGGACCCUGUUACUGGUAUCUCAUCUGCGGGAAUGGGAGUCACAUUUGACAUGCUCAAAGCAGGUGGAGAUAUCUUUUAUAAGCCAUACAAGGUAUACCAGGAUGGUCGCACCGUACCCCUUCCAUCACCAACCGGUUCCGAAAAUACUGCCCCCCAACUACUGUCACAAGGAGACAAUGGAUCAUCAAUUCCCAAAUCCCGAUCGAUGAAUGAUUUGACAGCAAGUAGGGAAAUUGAGCCUAAAAAAAAAGGCAGAGGUGCUGCGAUGGCUGCAGCAUCGACUCAUGCUUCUGGGAAGUUCCUAGGAAAGAUCGCGUCUGGAUUCAUGGUCGAUAUUCCUUUGGCUGCGGCUGAAGGCUUUCGUGUACUCCCUGGUCUAUAUGGAGACAAAGUUCCCCAAUACGGAAAUGUAAAAGAUUGGAAGUCUGGCGCAGUCGCAGGUGUCAAAAGCUUUGGCAUUGGCAUGGGAGGAGCUGUGACGGAUGUGAUCUAUCAGCCAUAUAAAGGUGCUAGAGACGGAGGCGUCGCAGGCUUUGCGGGCGGCUUGUUCAAAGGCACAUUCGGGGUGUUGGGCAAAAUGGUACAUGGCUCCGUUGGCCUUGUUGCCUAUCCCAGCCAAGGCAUCAAACAGUCCAUUUAUUCGGCGUUUCAUAAGAGCACACGCAACCUCAUUUUGGCGGCUCUUCACCUCGAGGGAGAAGAUGCGGUUCGGCAACAGAGAGUGAGAGGGUUUGACGAUCAGAAGGUCAUCGAAAGGUUCAUGGCCAUGACCAAAAGUGAGGUCGAUGAUGAGAGUGAUUACAUGUAG